AUGAAGUACUCCUUCGUCAUCGCCGCCCUCGUGGCCGCCGUCGCAGCCCAGGUCGACCCUACCAUCAUCCCUGAGUGUGCUCGCCAGUGCCUUCUGGAUGCCACCGCCUCGGCCACCUCCUGCAAGGCGGGUGACUACACCUGCACCUGCACGGCCGAGAACAAGGCCGCCAUCCAGAGCGCCGCUACCGGCUGCGUCGUCGCGGCCUGUGGCCUCGAUGUGGCUCUGCAGCAAGUCGUCCCCGCCUCUAACCAGCUCUGUGAGGCCGCCGCCGCCGGUGGCGGUGCCCUGAGCUCUGCCGUCGAGACCGCAUCGUCGGCCGCGUCCGUCGCCUCUUCGGUCGCCUCGGCCGCCUCCUCGGCCGCCUCCUCCGUGAGCAUCCCCACCUCGGCCUCGGGCUCCAUGUCCCUGCCCUACACCACCGGCGGCGUCACCGCUUCCCCUACCGCCACCGUCACCAGCAGCCGCCCGACUACCACCGCCGUCCAGGCCGGCGCCGCUGGCAUUGCCCCCAUCGGAGGCCUCGCCAUGGUCCUCCUCGGUGCCCUUGCUCUCUAA